UUGGGAUUGUAAUUGGAUAUUAAUAGUGCCAAUCACCUCCUAUAAUAAAUGUAUUUAUGUAAAUUUACAGUUUAGUUGGGCCAAUAUUGUAAAAUAUGGGUUUUUGUCGUUAAAACUGAUUUUAUCCUCAGAAUCACAAAGUAUAUCUCAAUAAACAGUUUUAAACACCAUUCGCGGGUUUUAAAUAUUAUUCAUUGGAUUUAUUCUUUGGAUUUGUAAUUUAUUUUCCCCAAUUUAAAAUAGAAUUGGUUACAUCAGUCAAGAAUCUUUUAUAAUUUAUCGUAACAAUUAAAAAUGAAGUUGGUCAGAUUCCUUAUGAAAUUAGCCAAUGAGGAACUAACACUUGAGCUUAAAAACGGUACAGUGAUCACUGGCGUUGUGAUUGGCAUUGACAUAUCAAUGAACACUCACCUGAAGAGCGUAAAGGUUGUAACUAAAGGCCCUGAUGGAAAGGAAGGGACAAAUGUAGUUCUUUUAGACCACCUCACAGUCAGAGGUAACAAUAUCCGUUACUUCCUCCUAUCAGAAAGUAUUCCCCUGGAUACGCUUUUGAUAGAUGACACACCAGUACAAAAGCCAAGUAAAACUAAGUUCAGUUCUGUAAGGGGUAGAGGCAGAGGUAGAGGUGGUCCUCCAAGAGGAAGAGGUAGAUUUGGAGGUCAAAGGAAAUGAUUUAAAUUUAUUUAAUUCAAAGUUAAUCUGUUGAAAUGUUUA